GAAUGAUAUCGAAAGCUAUAUCACCGCCAUGACCCCUUCGUCUUUCUUCUCUGUUGUGUCUUCUCGGUUCCUGUCGUGUUAGCCUGUUGUGUACAUACCUAUCCCAGGAUCCUCUCCCCGCGGUGACACUACCCCAAGCCAAAAGAAACGAUCCCGAACAAUGGCUCCCAAGUACCUUUCGCCUCUCCUCCUGGCCGGUAGUGCCACGGCCACGGCCUUCCAGUUCCACGGCCAUCUCAACGCCCUCGCGGCGAACAACGCGGUCAACGCGGUCGCGACAACGGAUGCCGGGUACAAAGCAUGUACCGCCGUCAGCUCCGUGGUAAUGUCCUGUUCCGCGGCGGGAUCCGUCGCCGACAACGUCCCCGAGGCGUCCCAGGCGGCCUGUGUCUGCUGCCAGGGUCAGAAUGAGCUGGACUCGCAGUACUCGAGCUGCGCCGCAUAUAUCAACACUGCGCUUCAAAACCCAUCCUUGGGUUCAAUAUACGACGCCGUCUACACCAUCUGCGCCGAUUACAAGUGCGGAGCCGCAGCCGUGCCAUCAACAACGCAGCCGCCAGCCACCGCGGCCACCACCUCCUUCGCCACCAUCACCUCGGCCCCCGCGGUGCCCGCGGCCUGCUCCUCCGUGGUCUCCAUCGCCAGCCGCUGCAGUGGCGGCAACGAGGACGAGAUCCUCUCCUGCCUGUGCCACGACACCUCAGGCAAGACCAACACUCAAGUUCAGAACUGGGCUAGCAGCUGUCUCCCUUGGGCCAAAUCGAACUCCCCGGAGGAUGUUACUGUGGUCGAAGCCCUCGAAUCCAUCUGCACCGCCAUCGCCGGCUCCUCCCUCUCCGCCAAGGCCACCAAGAGCUCCAGCGGCGACGAUAACUUGACCGUGACCAACCGCCCCGCUUUCGGUCUGCCUACCGGCACUGCGGGCAGCAAUGAUGAUGUGUCGACUGCGACGCAGACGAGGAUCGUGGAGACGGAGGCGCCGGCCGUUACGUCGAGCAGGUCCGUUACGUCGAACAGGUCGAGCGCGGCGGGAGUUAUGGUUCAGCAACCGCUGGGAGGAGUGGCUGCGUGGGUUGUUAAUGGGUUGCUUGCGGUUGCUGGGUAUUUGGUCAUUUAAGGGGAAGAGGGGUUUGGUUGGUUUGGUGGUUAGGGGGGCUAAGAUUUGGCCAAAGCGCUAUGUGAAUAAUGAUAAUGAGUUUUUUGGAAAGGUUGAAGGAGUUGGGUGAACCACAUGGUGGUUGAGAGAAUUAUGGAAGUUCUUGUUGGGCUUCUCUUCGAGGGGAUUUGGCGUUGG